ACACAGUUCCGUCAAGUCCACGACAUGAUUUACUGUCUGUUUAUUUGCUGAUUUAUCUGCUGGGGGAGCGAGACGGGCAAUUUCCUACCGUCUCGCUAAAAACUUUACUCAAUAGAUACAGACUGGGGGACAUGAAUUCUAAUGUCGUAUAUCCUUCCAUGUGUAGAAACGGCGAUGCUGGAGCGACACCGGGCUACGGGACUCAGGCAUACGGAGGCAGUGGCGGAAGCUCUACCGGGUCGACGGGAGAACUCUCCGCUCAGGUGUAUUACCAACAAGCGGAUCCGCUGACAGCAGCAGCUAACCACUAUGGCUUGGUCGGCGGAUUCGGGACCCCGGAUCCACGGACUCCACCGCUUCAUGGUGAAGCCACUAAUGGACACGUCCCGCCGCAUCAUCAAAUCAUCAGUGACAAUAACGGACUAAGCUACACUAAUCUCGAUCAGCCGGGAUAUGCCGGACAGCAACGGGUGCCACAUCCUCACCAUCCCGGUUACGGUACAACCCCUGCAGAUGCCCGGCACCACCACGGGUUUGGCUAUCGUCAGUUGGAAUAUCCUCACGACGUGAAUGCGUUACACCAUCCAGCUGACCAUCAGGGACCUGUUUUGAGCGCUGAUGGUGGAAGACUCGUUACAAGUGCCCUACCUCCACCCUCUAACACUACUUAUCCGUAUUUAGAUUCAUUGACACUGACUAGGAGAAACGGAUACGGCUAUGCGGACGGCUACGAUGCGGCUAUGCGAGAAGGAUGCCAGGCAAACGGCGGCUACAGGACGUCUGCAGCCAUGGCUAGGGCCAGGCUAUCUGCGCCUCAGCCGACACCGGUACCUACCUACAAGUGGAUGCAGGUGAAAAGGAGUGUGCCCAAAACAGUGAAUAAGACCGAUUACGGUUUUAGUGGUGGAGGUACGGGCACCAAUGGGGCAGCUGCAGGUCCAGGUGGAACAGGUAGGACCAACUUUACAACAAAACAACUAACAGAACUCGAAAAAGAAUUUCAUUUCAACAAAUAUUUAACAAGAGCAAGAAGGAUCGAAAUAGCCACAGCUCUUCAACUAAAUGAGACCCAAGUCAAGAUAUGGUUCCAAAAUAGAAGGAUGAAGCAAAAGAAAAGAAUGAAAGAGGGUUUAGUACCGCCGGAAAAUCCGACGGGUGACGUUACAACAUCGAAUUCGGGUCAACAAAAUCCAACAGUUUCACCUAAUUCGGGAGGAACAGCGACGACGCAAAAAGAUUGCAGCCAAUGAAAAGUGAUUUUGCUGUACUAAAUAUAAUAACAGCAAUUAGUGUGACCGGUGUAUUAGUCCUGAAACCGAAUUGUGUACAGCUAAAAAACAAAAAAAAAACUGCAUCUUGUAAAUAGCCCUGUAGAAUAAGUGAGAAUAGCUUUAGAACUAUUUUUGCCCCAACUUUUUAAGUUUGAAUAUGCUAUGUUGCUUUCACGAAUCGGCAGAUACAUAACUCAACAUUUUAAGUUUUAUAUUAAAUUACAAUAUCGUGGAUUAUAGUUUACCUUUCAAGGACUAUAAAAAGUUAUUUAUUUUAUUCAGCUUUAGUUUAGAAUUGUAAGUUUUUCCCCAACGAUAAACUAUAUCAUCAUAUAUCUUCAUGAUAAAAAAUACUCAUUGUUUUUUAUUUGUUUUUUUGUAUAAUUGUUUAUAACCAUUUACGACGCCCCAUAACAUGUUUCAUCUCAUAAUUAUUUAUAAAUAACUCUAGGCCUUUAAUUUUAUGAGAAGUUAUCUGCUACUUUGUACAAUAGAUACUUAAUGAUAAUAGACUAGUUCAAUUGUCGUGCUUAUGUUCUUAUAAGACUAUAGGCCCAUUUUCUUGUUAAAUUAUUCAUUUUUAAAGCUACGAGGAAAAGCACAGUGACGAUCUUUGUGGAAAAAAAAUCCCAAAAUGUAAAUUCUUGUACAAUCAUGCUUGUCUUUGUACAGGCCUAUAAUAUUGUCGCUCACUUUCAUUGUACAUGUAUUUUUCUAUACACUUGACUCCCAACUAUCUUCCCACGUUCUCUAUCUUUUAUUUUAAACUGGUACAAAAAAAGUUGUGCCUGCACCAUUUCUUUAUGCACCCACCACAGAGCCCAUCAAUAUAAACCGGUGUUGUUUUUAGAAACAAAUAAACAUCGAUGCUAUUUCCAACAUCGUUUUGUUUUUCGUUUGCUGACAAUCACUUAC